AUGGCACCUGACGAGUCGAAAAAUGAACGUGACUUAAGAGUUGCGAAAUUAUGGGAGAAACUGGGUGUCCCUAGAGAUGGUCGCUUGGAUUUUAAUGGUUUAAAGAAGGGUCUGAAGAAGAUUGACCACCCUCUCAAAAAUGCAGAUUGUAUGCUACAGAAUAUUAUGAAAACGGUCGAUACCAAUGGCGAUGGGUAUAUUGAUUACUUUGAAUUCCGGGCCUUUGUCGACCAUACAGAGAAUGGACUGUGGCAGCUUUUCCAGAGCAUUGAUCGUAAUCAUAACGGAGAAAUCGACAAGAACGAGCUAAGGACCGCGUUUGCCAAUGCGGAGGUAACAGUAUCGAAAGCUAAAUUGGACGAGUUCUUUGCGGAUAUUGAUACGAAUAAUGACGGUGUCAUUUCUUAUGCGGAAUGGAGGAAUUUUCUUCUUUUUCUGCCUGCCUACUCGUCCUCCGAUCUGCACGCUAUCCUGUCAUAUUAUACGGCCACGGGAAAUCUAAACCCGGAAGGAGAUGUCCACAUCAAUGAUCUACAGGGUUUAGGUACAGACCACUCGUUUCCUAGCCGUUAUAUCUUGGCCAUCAAAAACCUUUUGUACUAUAUUUUCCCAGUGCAUGCUUUGGCAACUAUUAUCCCGUCAACGCAUGCGGAAGCCGGCGGGAUACCCAGUGCCGGCGCUGCAUUUGACAAUGAUUCUGUAUCCUUAGACGGUGACUUCGACUUGGAGUGGCUGCCUAUACCUAGGACCGUCGCCAUGUGGAUGUCCUUCAGAUAUUAUGAACGGAAGUUGACAGAAAGCACUCCUCAAUUAGGUUAUUUUCUUGCAGGCGGAAUUGCCGGCGCCGUAUCAAGAACAGCCACAGCCCCCUUGGACCGACUCAAAGUCUAUCUCAUUGCGCAAACUGGCGUUAAGACCGCUGCUGUCUGUGCUGUAAAGGAUGGAGCUCCGAUACGAGCAGCAGGAACAGCAUCUAAAACACUUGUUGACGCGGUUAAGGAGCUGUGGCGUGCUGGGGGAGUGCGGAGUCUGUUCGCAGGGAACGGCUUGAACGUCUUGAAAGUUAUGCCCGAAUCAGCGAUCAAAUUCGGAGCAUAUGAGUCCGCUAAGCGCUUUUUUGCCCGCAUGGAAGGCCACGGCGAUCCAAAGCGCCUUAAGCCAACAUCACAGUUUUUGUCCGGAGGAUGUGGUGGAAUGGUGGCUCAAUGUUUCGUCUAUCCUCUUGAUACUCUGAAAUUUCGAAUGCAGUGCGAAACGGUCGAAGGUGGCCUAAAAGGCAACCAACUUAUCGUGGCCACAGCCCGAAAGGUUAUGAAUAAAAAUGGCCUGCUUGGAUUCUUUCGUGGCCUGCCUCUGGGCCUUAUUGGCAUGUUUCCAUAUGCCGCCAUCGAUCUGACUACUUUCGAAUACCUGAAGCGUGCUCUUCUUGCCCGCAAGGCUCGUAUUCACCACUGCCAUGAAGAUGACAUCCCUCUUAACAAUUUCGCCACUGGCGCCAUUGGUGCGAUUAGCGGAGGAUUGAGUGCUUCUGUUGUCUACCCGCUUAACGUUCUCCGGACUAGAUUACAGGCUCAAGGCACAAUUCUCCAUCCUGCGACGUAUACGGGCAUUGGUGAUGUCGCUCGCAAGACUAUCCAGGUUGAAGGCAUUCGUGGAUUUUACAAAGGGAUUACACCUAAUUUGCUCAAGGUUGCGCCUGCGGUUUCUAUCAGCUACAUCGUAUAUGAGAACUCCAAACGAAUACUUGGUUUAAAAUAA